AAAAUUAGCAUACAUUCGAAAGCCACAUCUCAACAAAGCAGAAAUGCAGUUUUCGAACACAAGCAAAAUUGUCUAUAUUUAUUGCUUUUUCUAAAAUUCGAAAAGUAUUUUUUUCUGAUUCAAAAAAUGAGUAUUUUUAAACAUUAGAAAAUAAUGCAAUAUUAGCGUUAUUUUGUCAUUUGGUCAAAGAAUCAUGUGGUGAUCAAUUACGUACAAAAGAACAAUUAGGUUAUAUUGUAUUCAGUGGUUAUGAUCGGUCUGAUUGUGGUAGUGCUCAAGGUUUUUAUAUUACAAUACAAUCAUCGUCGAAAUUAGAUUAUGUUAAUUUAAGAACUGAGACGUACAUUGAUUCAAUAACAGAAUAUAUAACCACAAUGUCCGAUGAUGUUUAUUAUAAACAACGUGAAGGCUAUAUAAUAAAAAAACUUGAAAUA